AUGGCGUUUCUCCACAGCAGCUUGAGCAAGAAGAGGAAGAUAGAGGCCAUCACUUGCUCAAGCAUGGGGAAUUGGGGGGAGCCAGGACCCAUGGGCUUACCCGGGCUUGAAGGGCUACCUGGUGCCAAGGGUGAUAUUGGUUUGCCUGGACCCCAAGGGAUUCCAGGUCUACCAGGGAAGCCCGGCACUCGUGGAGAGCCUGGGAUCCCAGGAGAGCCGGGUGAGAGGGGGCCAAUUGGAGAGACAGGAUUCCCUGGACGUGAGGGACCCCAAGGUCUUCCUGGCAGGCCUGGGAAAGAUGGAACUCCGGGAAAUAAGGGCGAUAUAGGUCGACUAGGAGACCGAGGAACCAAAGGAGAGCGUGGUGAUCCGGGAAUUCCUGGAGAAAGAGGCCUUCAGGGCGAGAGGGGUCGCAUAGGUGAUCCUGGCCCUGUUGGACGUAUCGGACCACCGGGUGAAAAAGGUGACUCCGGUCCUCCAGGACAGUUAGGGAGGAUACAACUCCUGGAUGAUCCCAGCUUUACACAAGAACUCAGAGAAUUUAUCCAAAACGAAGUAAUGAGAAUUUUUGAAGAGAAAGUAUCCAGCCAUGGCAUGCAGCAAAAGACACCUGCUGGCAUCUUAGCAUCACAGAUCCAAGGGCCUCCGGGAACCCCUGGCAAGGAUGGAUCGCCAGGUCCUCCAGGAGAGCCAGGGCCACCUGGUCCUCAAGGAUACAGAGGUCAGAAAGGAGAACGAGGACAGGUUGGGCUGGGGUUUCCAGGAGAUCCAGGACCCACGGGGCCACCGGGUCCACCUGGGAUCACCUCUAGGGGUCUUCCUGGCUCCCCGGGGCCCCGCGGACCACCUGGGACCUGUGACCCCAGCGACUGUUAUUUUCCAUCCACAUAA